CACCCCUUCUAAACUUCUAGCAAUAGCAUUAUUCGCCAACUGGCGCCACCCACUUCCUCCCUCCUCCUAUAAAUAGCAAUCUUCCUACCCCCAUCAUCAUAUCACAAACCAGAACAAUCAAAGCUCUCAAAUUUCACUCACCAAUGGCUUCCUCCUCCUCCUCUCGAGGCUCGGGCUCGGGCUCCGGCUGGUCGAAGAACCAGAACAAGCUAUUCGAGCGAGCGCUCGCCGUGUACGACAAAGACACCCCUGAUCGGUGGCAUAAUGUCGCCCGUUUCGUCGGCAGCGGGAAGUCCGUGGAUGAUGUGAAGCUCCAUUAUGACCGUCUGGUUGAGGAUGUGAGGAAGAUUGAGUCCGGCCAUGUUCCAUUCCCCAACUACCGUCCGAUUGGUGGUAAUGAAGAGCAGAGCCACCACAGGUGCCUGAAUUACAACUGACGAAGCAAGCUAGACAUCACCACUACUAUUGGCUAAAGUAUGAAGACUAUAUAAUAUAUGGUUAGAUUCAGGUAGAAGUAAUACUAGCUGCUGGCCAUGGGUGUAGUAGUAAUUAAGAUGAAGGUUGAUGAUGUAAUAUUUGUAUUAAGGCUACUCUAUGUGCUUUUAUUUGUGUUUUGUAAUCAUAAAAAACAUGCAUGCAUGCAUGCAUCAUGUUGUAUAUGUAUUUUUGAAGGCUGCACAUUUCGGGAUGGGAAUGGCUAGUCUUCUUGGCAUGUAACUUGUAUCAUUGUUAAGUGUGAUUAUGUUUGUUAUAUAUUUAAUGAUGAUGUCAUUAUG